UGCUGAUAUAGACCGACUGAGAGAAGUUCAUCGUUUUUGGUCGUCAUUAAGUCUUUCUUUUAUAUUUGUCAACAAGUUGUCAACGCGUAGCAAUAAAAUCCGUCAUAUAUAAUGCAUUUAAGGAUACCCGAUUGUCGCGUAAUGAUCUUUGAACCGGCACGAUUUUGUUAGUCACGAGAUGCUUCUGGCUGAUUUAAGAGGAUCUAAGAACUUCAAAAGUUUCAACCAAUACACGAAAGAGUCAUGGCAUCACCACAGAUAAAGGAGCGGCCAUCGGGUGUCGUGUUAAACACAAUCUCAAAAGGAGCAUCUCCAGAAUCAAAAUGCCCAAUCUGCCUGGAUCACUUUAAAAACAUAUCAUAUCUUGAUGUAUGCCUUCACAAGUUCUGCUUUUGCUGCAUCCAUGAAUGGUCCAAGAACAAAGCUGAAUGCCCUUUAUGCAAACAGCCAUUUAAUUCAUUCUAUCACACCAUUAAGUCUGAAGAUGACUACAAGAGGUUUGACCUGCGACCAACUGAAAAUGGCUCAUUUGGAAACAUGGCAGGGCAAAGAUUCAGGUAUCGCACCACGCUUACAGGCAACCGCAGACUAGCACAGAGGCGAACGUCUCCUCCUCCAGACCAUGGGAUCAUAUUUGAGGGUCUGAGAGGAUCCCUUCCUCAACGGCACAACAGGGAUCUACAUAGCAUGAUCAGGAGGCUGACAGUAAGGCAGAGAAGAGAGAGCGAGGGUAGGUCUGUGCGAAGUCUUCAAGAUCAAGAAGUGGUUAAAUUCAGACGAGCCUUGUACAGAAGAGGUGUGCGGGUCCAAAGCGUGCAGGAUGGUGGGCGUACGAGGGAGACCUCAGCAGAGUUCUUCAAAAGAAAUCCUGCUUGCCUCCACAGGCUUGUACCAUGGCUGAGACGAGAGCUGACUGUUCUGUACGGUGCUCAUGGUUCCCUUGUCAACAUUGUGCAGCACAUCAUUAUGACUCUGAUCACUCGACAAAACUUGGACGACCAGGCUGUUCAACAUGAGCUUCGGCCCUUCUUGCUGUCCCACACAGAGCACUUCUUACAUGAGUUUCUCAGCUUUGCUCGAUCCCCGUUCAAUAUGGAGGCCUAUGACCAACGUGCUAUUUAUGACUUGCCAAGACCUUCAGGAGAAAGUAGCAGUUCGGAAAACUCUGUGAUCGCCAUCUCCGAGGAUGAGAGCGAAUCUUUAGUGUCAGGAGCCCAGGAUUUUGCCACUCCUAGGGUGACCUUAAGCCAAACAGCGUGGGAUGAUGAGACCCCAGGACCAUCCUACUCUUCAGAGCCUUCUCAGGUGUUACCUGUCCACGUGAGGGACUCAGAUUCUGAUAGUAGUGUAGGGGAAGCAGUAAUGCCUGUUGCUGCUGUACCACAUCAAGACCGUUCAGCAAAUCCUGAUACUAUUCCACCGGAAGAGGAUCAUUCCUCUAGCAAUGAGGAGGACUGUGUUAUUAUUGGCUAUGUUAAGCCCGUGGCAGAGAGGACGCCAGAACUGGUCCAGCUUUCUUCUGAUUCCGAAAAUUCUGAGACUGAGCAGAAUGCAGGUCCACAAGACUCUCAAGCUCCCCAACACAUUCGUUUUAUUUCAGAUUCAGAUGCAUCACCCAUGUCUCAGAGACCCUUAGGGGGGGCAACAAGUCCCUCAGGCUCAUUUGAAGACACUUCCACACAAGUCAGAAAAAACAGUAAAUAUGACAAUACUUUUUCAGUAUCUAGAGAAGAAUCCUCACGCAGCAAAAGGAUGCACUCUUACUAUCAUAGAAAGAAGCAACCGUUGUGUAAAGAGAGCAAGAAUAAGCAGAGAGGAGAAAAAGAGACAAGUCGACACUCUUCAUCUUAUUGGCAUUCUUAUAGCUAUUACAGUCAUGACAACAGCAGAAAAUCUUAUACAGAAACAAGCUCAUCCUACACAAGCUACUACAGAAGUGUAAAUGAUCAGUUUGGUUCUCGAUCACAUAGUAGAAGAAGUAGGGACCUUCUGGACAGAAGUCGCUCAAGGAGCAAUUCAAGAAUAAGCCAUUCCAAUCGGUGGAAUAGAAGUCGCUCAAGGAGUAAUUCAAGAAUAUGCCAGUCCAAUCAGCGGAAUAGAAGUCGCUCAAGGAGCAAUUGUAGAAAAAGCCAAUCCAAUUGGCGCACCCAAAGUUGCUCAAGGAGUAAUUCUAGAAAAGGCUAUUCGAAUCGGCACACCCAAAGUCGCUCAAGGAGUAAUUCUAGAAAUGGCUAUUCAAAUCGGCGGAACAGAAGUCACUCAAGGAGUAAUUCUAGAAUACGCCAGUCCAAUCGGCGGAACAGAAGUCAUUCUAGGAGUAGUUCUAGAAUAAGCCAGUCCAAUCGGCUGAACAGAAGUCACUCAAGGAGUAAUUCUAAAAUCAAGUCUAGCUCUUACAAAAGUCGAGAUGAAAAAUAUCAAAGAAGGAUUUCUAGAUACCUCUACUCCAAUAAGGAUGCCAGAAGACGCUCAAGAAGCAGUUCUAGAAUAAGCUCCUCUAGCCGCCACGACCGAAGACACUCAAGGAGCAGUUCUAGAAUGAACUCCAGCUCUUUACGUCAGACAUCAUGGCACUAUGAAUAUGGUAAAAAGAGGAUGUACAAAACAAAGCAUCAUGAGGAACCCUCAAGGCAGAGUUUUAGUAAAUCGGUUAGCAAUUCUGAUGAAGAAGGUGGAAAAAAGAAAAAAAAGAAGCAUCUCAAAAAGAAGAAAACUAGAAGUCCAAGCAUAGAUGACAGACCUGAGGGCCACAGUCGGAGACAUCACAAGAGGAAGAAGAAAAACAAGAGGAAGAGCAAGAGACAUAAAAGUGAGGAGAGGAUGGGAAAGCACAGCCCUGUUCUCAUUACAAUCACUACUGACAGUGACAGUGAGAGUGCUGACCCUAGUGAACCCUCAACCAGCAGUGUCUGUGCCAUAAGAUCCACUGCCUUAAUAGCAAAUAUGGCUACAGAAACUUUUCUAGACAAUGAUCAUCAGUCAACAGCUGGAACUGAAAAUAGUUCUGUGGGUGAUGCAGGAAAUCACCCCUAGUCUGUUAAAUCCAUUGCCAUAAUGAUUUUGUACACAAUGUUUUUGUGAACUUUUCAACUUGCAGUCAAUUCAGAUACUUUUCUUUUUUGUGUGAUGGCCAAAUGCAUUUUAUUUUUAAUAAACAAAGAAGGGUUGGACUUUAAA